AUGAUGAUGAUGCGCCGUGUGAUGUGUGUGUUGGCCGUUCUGCUUUGCUGCGCCUGCGGGUAUACCAUGACGGCUGCUGCUGCUGAAGGGGCACCGAAGCCACAGGAUAUUGAGGGCUUGUAUUCCCCGUGGGAUGGAGAACCUAUUAACGAAGUCAUUACUUGUGUUGGGAAGAGUAGUGAUCCUGCUGAAAAGAAGUGUUCAGAGUGGCUGAAAGACAGAAAGGAUUGGAAACCUAAACCUUCAGUGGUUGACAAGGAAGAACGUUCCUCUGGAAGUCCGCGAUCGGAUAGUAGUGAACCACGACCUCAAAACCUUUCUGGAGCUUCACAUGGAACGGAAUCAGAUGGAUUACAUGUGACACAAACAACGGAAGAUAAUCUCGAACAUUCAGCUGCAGACGGUCAAAGGGAAAACGGUAAGGGUGAGAGUGGAAGUUCUUCUCUUGCUGAAGGAACGGAUCACCAUCAAGAGAAUUCAGGUAGUGCCAUCACUCGUCAAAUAAAUGGACCGGAAUCAGGACCAAGAACAACUACAGAACAAGGUCCAACUCAAACGUCUAAUACAGCACCACAACAGAACCGAAGUUCAUUAAGUAAUAAAGGGGAUAACAGUGCACACGGUGAUAAUAAUACUCCUCAACAACCUUCUCCUGCACCUGUUAAUGCAACUGCCGCACCACACUCACAAGAAAACACUUCCACUACUCCGACGAGCACUGAGAGUACUACCAGUGAAGCACCAACCACCACUACAUCUCCUGCACCCAACGCAGAGAUCACCAACACCAUCACUUCCACAGUACAGAAUAAGGCUAAUGCUGACAGCAGUAUCAGUUCUAUGUGGAUGCGCACUGCAGCACCGCUACUGAUUGUGGCUGUGUUGUUCUCCGCUACCCUGUAA